AUGGAUCUGGACAAUGGCGAUUCGCCAUGGGGUGGUAAGUCAAACCCAAGUUGCACACCAUUUAUUGACCCAAACGUGGACCUGAUUGCUAUCCCAGAUAUGCCCUCCCAGUCCAAGACUUCUAAUGAGAAUGAGUCUGGCAAACAGAAUGAGCUCGCUUCCCCAUCGUCCCUUACCAGUCCCCGAUCUCCUUCGUCCAGAGGCGUACGUACGCCAAAGAAAUUUGGUGUUCAAGUGACAAAAUUGGAGGCUGUCGACGAUUCGAGUGAUCCGCUAGGUCCGCUGGGUGGCAGCUCGUUGCAACCCAUCUCUGAGCAAGGCCCCGUUCCUCCCCAAAAGGAGCCAUUUGCGACCCGUCAAACACGCCCGACAUCAUCAACAUCUCAGUCAUCCAGUGCAGCACUCAUGGAAUCGGUCAAUCUAGAAGAUGAUAUCGACACUCGGCCGAAAAUGAGACCUCCUCCUAUCCAACCACAUCCGAACGUCGGAGAUGUACCAAAGAAGCAGACAAAGCCGAGUAUGUCCGUUGAACAAGCUGCAAAGCCUUCAUUUUAUAUUACAGUUGGGGAUCCCCAUAAAGUAGGUGAUCUCACAAGUAGCCACAUUGUCUACCAGGUUAGGACAAAGACUACAUCGAAAGCUUACAUACGGCCCGAAUUUGCCGUUACUAGAAGAUAUCGUGACUUUCUGUGGCUAUACAAUUCUCUGCAUAAUAAUAACCCCGGCAUUGUUGUACCUCCACCACCGGAGAAGCAGGCAGUCGGUCGCUUCGAAUCCAAUUUUGUUGAAUCAAGAAGAGCUGCAUUGGAGCGUAUGCUGAAUAAAAUCGCAGCGCAUCCGGUACUUCAGCAUGAUGCUGAUUUAAAGAUAUUCUUGGAAAGCGAAGCAUUUAAUAUGGAUGUUAAAAAUAAAGAAAACCGAGAGCCAGAUUUAGGUCAAAGCAAGGGGAUGUUUAGCUCUUUGGGCAUAUCGGUCGGUGGGGGAACUAAAUUCGUCGAACAUGAUGACUGGUUCCAUGAUAGAAAGAUCUACCUUGAAGCGCUUGAGAAUCAAUUGAAGGGUUUGAUGAAAGCAGUGGAUACAGUGAUCCAACAACGUAAAGGGCUUGCUGAGGCUGCAAGUGAUUUUUCAGCAUCUCUACACUCGCUGGCGCUUGUUGAAUUAUCCCCUGCCCUGUCGAGUCCCCUAGAGGGUCUUUCUGAAAUCCAGCUUCGAAUACGUGAACUUUACGAACGACAGGCCCAGCAAGAUAUACUUACCCUGGGCAUCACAAUAGACGAGUAUAUCCGGCUCAUAGGAAGCGUGAAAAUGGCAUUUAGUCAACGGCAAAAAUCAUUUCAGAGUUGGCAUACCGCCGAAUCAGAACUUCAAAAAAGAAGGAAUGUUCAAGAUAAGCUUCUGCGGCAAGGGAAAUCUCAGCAAGAUAGAUUAAAUCAAGCCAAUGCAGAUGUGGCAGAUGCAGAGAGGAAAGUGCAUCAGACAAGACUUCUUUUCGAGGAUAUGGGCAAAUUAAUGCGGAAUGAACUUGAACGGUUUGAGCAAGAGAAAGUUGAAGAUUUCAAAUCCGGCGUUGAAACGUUCUUGGAGAGCGCUGUUGAGGCCCAGAAGGAAUUGAUUGAAUUAUGGGAAACAUUCCUAAUGCAACUUGAUGCAGGCGACGAUACGAAUCCAUUUUUCAAUGGAGCCCCGCCACCAGUCUCUGAGCCCCCUCAGGACCGUAACGAGCUUGGCCCCACCACGGAAUGUCCACAGUCGACUAUGCUUCAGGGCGAGCAAUUUGUAUGA